UUUGCCUCAGGCAGUUUCAUUCUCAACAACUACUACUAUAUAUUAUUAUUGUUGUUAUUCUUGGUGCCUAUCAGUGUAGAACUGUAGAUUAAGAAUCCGACAUUUUAACCGGCAAAGAAAAAGACAUGUGAUUUUUCGAUGAGACUCCUGCAAAUAGACAUAAACGAUGAAGGAAUAAGGCAUUUCCUGAGGAAAUAUAUGACAGUACCAAAAAUGGAUUUUUCACCUAUUGACUUCAGAUCUACUUAUAGUACCUGGGUACGGUUUCCUAGGACUGGUCUAAGGUGUCUUUCUGCAGGCACAGUUACAGACUUUGAAUGGAAAGAUUAUGGUCCAGCAGUGUUCAGGCAUCUUCAAGAGCUUGACAAUAUUGACUAUGAUGAGUACAUGCUUUCAAUAUGUGGCUAUGAGACUCUAAAGAGUAUCUGUUCAUCAGGAAAGAACAACAAGCUGCUUUAUUUACCUCAUGAUGGUCGGUUUGUGAUAAAGCCUUUACGCAAGUCUGAGAUGAAGGUACUUCUGGAAAUGCUUCCAACUUACUUUCACCAUGUACAGAGAUAUGGGAAAACAUUGUUGAACAAGAUUUAUGGGCUUCAUGUUGUGAGACCAGAUGGAGGUAUUAAGGCAUAUUUUUCCGUAAUGAGGAACAUAUUUCAUUCAGAUUUAUGCAUUCAUAAGCGCUUCGCUUUGAAGGGUUCCUCACAACGCCGAUCCUGCAGUAGAGUGGUGAUUGACGAGGCUACCACAUUCAAGGAUCAGGAUCUUGAUUUUGUUUUCUACCUUGAUCCAUCAACUCGACACCAGGUCUUAACGCAAAUUAAACAUGAUUGUGAGUUUCUGGAAGCAGCAGGCAUCAUGGGUUACAGUUUCUUGUUGGGACUGCAUGUUGGAACUCCAUGUCAAGAUUUAGAAGGAAGUCCCACCCAAAAGAACUCAUUACUCAAUGAAUAUUCAAGGACAUGUGAGGAGCAAGUCUCAACUCCUGAUAACAACUAUCAACAGCCUCACACUCACAGACCUAAUAACCUCGGUGUAGAAAUGCCUGCCCGUGCUGUCCGGCUUCAACGAAAUGAGACACAUCCAAAAGUAAACACAAGGGAAUGUUACAAUGUUUUUCUAUACUUUGGAAUUAUCAAUACUUUUCAGGGAUACAAUGUGUUGAAGCGUAUUGAGCAUGCUUAUAAAUCAAUACAGUACGACUCACGAUCAAUUUCAGCUGUAAAUCCUGGAGUUUACUCAACACGUUUCCAGGAUUUUCUCUGUAAAGUGUUUCCAAUAGAUGAUUCAGACUUCCAAGCUGUACAAACGAAAGAGACAAGAGAUGACCCACUAUAA